ACCUUCGCUAAGCAUUAAGCAAGCCCCUUAUAACCUUCAUCACUCGCUCAUUUUCUCACAACCUUAAUUUUAGGUGCAUCAAAAAGUGUUAGUGUCAUUCCAUUGCAUCUUUUGAACACAACAUUAGCAUAAUGGAAUAUACUGAGAAUGGGGAACAUGGUCUCAUCAAUGAACUCAUCCAAGGGAAGGAGCUAGCAAAGCAGCUAUGCAAUCUCCUCUCUUCUUCUUCUUCUUCAUCAUCCAAAGAAAUCUUAAUUGACAAGAUACUUUCCACCUAUGAGAAAGCCCUCACCAUGCUCAACUCUGACUCCACCAUUACCAAUCUCAUUAAUUCCCAUUCUUCUUCUUCUUCUAUAAAUGGGAGCCCUUCAAGGAGUGACCUCAUUGAUAAUGAUGAAGAAUUCAAGGACAAACCCCCCCUCAAGAAGAGGAAGACUAUGCCCAAAUGGACAGAGAAAGUGAAAGUAUGUUCAAAAACAGGACUUGAGGGAUCUUUGGAUGAUGGGUAUAGCUGGAGAAAAUAUGGACAAAAGGAUAUUCUUCGAGCCAAGUUCCCAAGAGGAUAUUACAGAUGCACAUACAGAAAUGUACAAGGGUGCCUUGCAACAAAACAAGUUCAAAGAUCAGAUGUAGACCCAACAAUGAUUGAGGUGAACUACAGAGGAAGACACACGUGCACCCAAUCUAAGCAUUCCAACAAAGCGUUUCCAUCAAAAACAAUGUUGCCAGUGUUGGAGAAGAACCAAUUCCACAAGUUCCAAAACAACCAACCUCAAAAGCAGGAGAAAAUGGAACAAACCCAAGAGGAAAUUUUCAACUUUGAACCAAAGCUUGAGUUGGACACUAACACCAACAUCACAACCAAGGAUGAUGAUAUCUUCCCAUGGUUCUGCUACCUUUCUCCUUCAAUGGGAUCCGAAAACGGUGAUAACGACAUGUUGUUAUCUGAUUCCAUGUUCUUGGAAAGCUUUUCCUCUGAUAUAGCAUCAUUCAUAUCACCAUCAACUUCAGAAUCAGACCUUUUCUGUUUAUCACCAUGCCAAUUUGGAAGCAGCAAUAAUAAUGGAAUAGUCCAAUCCUCAGAAUCUGAUAUAACUGAGAUACUUUCAACUCCAACCUCAGUAACCAAUUCCCCAAUCAUGGAUUUCGAUAUGCUGCUUGAUAAAGUGGAUUUCGACACCAUAUUCCCUUCCAACACAACGGAAUAUUCUUCUUCAUGAAAUUUGCAUACAUAGUUUAGAAUGUAAGAAACAACAUAGAGCAUGUUUUGGUACAGCUUCUUUCCAAAAGGGAAAUACUAAUUUCUCUUUUUUUUCUUUCUUUUUUUUUUUCAAGAGCUAUUUCAUAAGCUUUUGAUUUUGAAUUUUGAAGCUAAAAUAAGCUUGUCCAAACAUGCACAUAGUAACUGUUUUGAGUUUGUAGGAAGACGAUGGACAUCAUAAGUGAUGUUGAUAAAUCAAAGGAAAUGAAGCCACCCUGUGAUGUUCCCAGUUUAGACAACAUUUUCU